CGUUACCAGAGCGUCGCGCUUGAAGACAAUUUUGUGAUGAACGUGUUGCGAUGGUCAGUUGGAAGUGCUUUGCAGUUAUCACAGGUCUCGUCUACCUGACGGUGGCUGGAGAACACGGCGCUACAGCCUGUACCGUGAGAGGUUACGACUCACUACUGAAUCCCAGGCCUCCCACUCAAAGAGCGGGCCUGUUUGUGUUCCAUGAGUCCAUACCAUGCACUGGACUAUUAAAAACUGUUGAAGGACGGGGUUACUGUAUCUCUGAUGACAAUGAAACAAAUGGAAGGACUGUUGAAUACCGCAUGAGACUGCAUAUUGCCCGCAUGAAACAAAGACGCAAUGACAUUUGACACAAUUCCCACUCGUGUCACGACUAUUGCCGGAGACUGUGGAAACGGUCGGAGUGGUUCCUUCAGCAAAUAUCUGAACGUCGAGGUCAUGGCUGGAGAUUACAUUGCAGUUGAAGUUGCUGAGGGCUGCACCACUGAAGGAAAUGCUACUGUAGUCUGUCCUUUCCUACCUGUUGCUGCUACCACUGAUAAUACCUCACAAAUCUGGCACAGCGUAGAGAACAGAACAACAAGAGUCAGUGGACUGCUGAUUGGGAUCAAAGCUGACAUAUAUCCAUCCUGUUGUGUAAGUGGUUUUGAGUCGCUACAAAAUGUCAGCACUCCACCCCUUGAGUAUCAAGCAGGCCUGUUUGUUGUUACUGAGUCCAUUGCGUGCACUGGGACAUUGAAUUAUGUUGAAGGACAGGGAGCAACCCUAUCUGAUGACAAUGGAACUGGUGGAAAUAUCGUCCAGUACCACACAUGCCCUUCUAGCCCCACCACAAUUCCUACAGGACUCGUUCCAACAGGCCAGCCAUUAAUUCCCACUGUUGCAUUCCCUGUCACUGUUGUUUUAACCCCGUCACUCUCCGUGUUUCUGAAGUCUCCACCUGCAGCCAAGAUUUAUAGCUCCACUACCAUUGUGGCACUCUCAGUUGCUCUUCCAUUUGUCUUCAUUCACUGUGUACUAUUGCUCAGUAUUAGCAUGUUGUGUGUCCUUUAUAAGAGGCACAAGACAGGACAGGGACACAGCGGCAAGAAACAGAACCCACGAGUGUUAAAUGAGUCUCUACUGGAGCCCCCCCAGACUGAUUUGGAACAUGUUACUCUACCUCCGCAAGUGAAUUCUUCCAACUACUACUCUAUUUCCCUUAAUCCAACAAAUACUAUCAGAACCAGAGAAUCAUCUAUCCAAUGCUCCAAUCCAAUGUCCAUCGACAAUAACGCUGAUUUCCAACCACACCUACAAGAGAAAAUCACCCUUCCAGAACCAAACUAUGAAUUUGACAGUGAAGCCAACAAUGAGGAGGGACCAUAUUGGGAGCCAUCAAACAUUGAAGAGGAAUUGAAAGCUCAACUCGGCAAGAGUGGAGUACUUGAUGUUUCUAAGGACAACAUUCAGUAUGGCAUAGAGUAGAUAACAAACAGUAAAGUUCAAUGCUACUAUAAUGCAGGUUGUCUGAUGAACUGGGUAGUGGUGAAUUUGGUGUGGUGAGGAGGGGAGUGUGGAGUGUGGGGGGAGAGGAGAGGGAGGUGGCUGUCAAGUCACUGACAGAUGGCUCCACAGAGGAGAAACGUAUUCAGUUCCUGCAGGAGGCAGCCAUCAUGGGCCAGUUCAAACAUCCCAAUGUCAUCUCUCUCCAUGGGGUUCUCCUACACUGUGACCCAGUGAGACAAAGAUAAUGCAUUGCUGUCACAUGGUACUUUCCUGUUGUAGUUACUUUCCUUACAUAGCACCAGCCUAAUGUCGACAGCAGUGUGCCCUUUCUUACCAGUUACCAACACCAGUGACAUGGAGCGGUGCAUUGAAUACAAUGAGAACGGAAACUUUGGCCAAUUAGAAACGAUAUGUGGGCUGCGGCUGAAUCUGAAAACCUCUAUCAUCGGUGCUACGGGUUCUGAUGCUGUAGAAACGCCAGUUCCAGAGUCUACUAAUGGUCCAGGGUCUCGGCCAGAGUCUUUUCUGGCUCUUUGGGUCACUAUCCCCGUCGCUCUCCUCUCCGGAGUCCUCUGCCUCGGUCUGGGAUGGGUCCUCUUUUCCAGACGCAACAAAGAGCUGAGACAGAGCAAAGGGAGCAGAGAGAGGCGGCGAAUGUUGGUAGAGUCUAUACUGGAACCAACUGCCAAUCAGGAAGACGUCAAUGUGGCGCUGGGCAUGAUGUUGCAGAAUCCUAAAGCGAUCACGCAAGACUCAGAACAACUCCAGCACAGUUAUGACCUCAUUGAUCCACUGGAAGAUGGAGUCUCAGCGACCUGCAGCCCGGAGCCACACUACUGCACAGCAGAAGAUUGGGAGGGGCCUUACUGGGAGCCAUCCAGUACUGAAGAUGUACUGAGGGCUCAGCUCCAUGAGAGUGAAGUACUGAGUAUCUCAAAAGACAGCAUCCAGUUGUCUGAUGAGCUGGGUAGUGGCGAGUUUGGUGUGGUGAGGAGGGGAGUGUGGAGUGUGGGGGGAGAGGAGAGGGAGGUGGCUGUCAAGUCACUGGCAGAUGGCUCCACAGAGGAGAAACGUAUUCAGUUCCUGCAGGAGGCAGCCAUCAUGGGCCAGUUCAAACAUCCCAAUGUCAUCUCUCUCUGUGGAGCUCUCCUAGACUCCGACCCAAUGAUGCUGGUCGUGGAGCUGAUGACAAACGGAAACCUAAGGGACUAUAUACCACCCAUUAGAUCAAGGUUUACUGGUGACGCAUUUGCUAGUUGCAAGGAGGGUGGAACAUUGCUCAGUUUCUGUCAGCAAGUGGCCUCGGGAAUGACCUACCUGGCUGGGCGGGGCUUCGUCCACAGAGACCUGGCAGCCAGGAACAUCCUCGUCUCUGACACAGACCAUUGCAAGAUUGCUGACUUUGGCAUGUCUCGAGCUCUGCAAGACACUGACUACUAUGUCUCUCGUGGAGGGAAAAUCCCUGUGAAAUGGACUGCUCCAGAGGCUCUCCACUACAAGAAGUACUCGACUGCCAGUGACGUGUGGAGCUUUGGAAUUGUCAUGUACGAAAUAUGGUCACUUGGAAUGAAACCAUUUCAUAAUCUCACCAAUACUGAGGCUUAUAACAAGAUUUCAGCGGGACAUAUUCUUCCACCACCACCUGGGUGCCCCAGGAAGAUAUACAUCUUGAUGCUGAAGUGCUGGAGAUUGGACCCUGAUUCAAGACCCACGUUCUCGCAGAUCCUUACAGAGUUUCAGAAUCCAGACUUUAAGUUUUUGUUAUGGACAGCAGAGGAUGUGGCUGCCUACACUGAAGAGGCCAGGACACUGGGAGCUCCCCUGGAGGGUGGAGAGGAACUCUACAUGGAUCUCAGACAAUUCUAGCAGAUCUGUUGUUCAUUAUUUAACCAUAAUGAAAUAGAGAGCAGGAGCAAGCAACUCUGCUACUAUAGUAUUAUUAGUACCUGUCAAUUUGUAGCUACUGCAGCACAUUGUGUGAUGAUAAAUGACA